AUGGCUACAGCCAGAGAAAGAGGGGGCUCGCACCUGGCCCUGCCGAGCCGAGCCCGGCCAGCCCCGGAGCCGCCCCGCCCGCGCUGUGCCCGCAGCCCCGGCUCUGCCGCGCUCGUCCCCGCCAAGUCCGGCCCGCGCCGGGGCCGCGCUGGGCGCGCGCGCGGGCCCGAGCGCAGCGCCCCCCUCAGGCCGCGCGCCUCCGGCGCAGCCGCGGCCGUUGCGCUGCGGGCGCUGUGGCCACAGUCGGCGAUCGACGCCAUGGCGGAGCUGCCGCUGCCCGCCGGGCUCAGCGCCGGCACCUUCCCCGCCAAGCUGUGGCGCCUGGUGAACAGCCCCCGCGUCCGCUCCGUGCGCUGGGACAGCCGUGCCCAGGGGCUGUUCAUCAACCGCUCCCUCUUCCAGCGGGAUCUGCUCAGCUCGGGCCACGCCCACAGGGGCGAUGGGCCGGCCCCGGUGCUGCACACCUUGAGGGCCACGCAGUUCCGCAGCUUCGUGCGGCAGCUCAACCUCUACGGCUUCCGCAAGGUGCCGGGCUGGCUCGGCUCGGCUGCGCCGGGCGAUGCCGGGGCCUGGCUCCACUACAGCAACCCCUGCUUUCGCCGCGACCGCUCCGACCUCCUGCUCCACAUCAAGCGCCGGAGCGCGGCCAACAGGGAGCGGGCGCUGCCGGACGGGCGGGAGCUGUGCAGGCCCCGGCCCGGCCGCCACCAGCAGCCCCCCGGGGAGCGGCCGCUGCUCGCCCGGCGCCCGCCCUGCGGCUUCCACCUGCUGCACAGGGAGCGGCCGCUGCCGGCUGGGCGGGAGGGGCCGAGCCGCUUCCAGGAGCUCUACGGGGAGCGGCCGCCGCCCGCCGAGCGGGAGGUGCUCGGCAUCCCGCCCUGCCACUUCCUCGGGCUCCACGGGGAGCGGCCGCUGCCGCUUGGGCGGGAGGGGCCCCGCAGCCGCUGGCAGGAGCUCUGCGGAGAGCAGCUGCCUCCGGCCGAGCGGGAGGUGAGAAGAGCAAGAGCCAUCUUUCCCCUGGCUCUCUCUCCUAUUGCAGAAGAAGCCAGAGAGGAGGAAAAUGAGAAAGAUGACCACCGCCUUUGUUCAGCCGUGGUCACACCAGAACGUCCUCAUCAUUCCAAGAGAGUGAGAAGAGCAAGAGCCAUCUUUCCCCUGGCUCUCUCUCCUAUUGCAGAAGAAGCCAGAGAGGAGGAAAAUGAGAAAGAUGACCACCGCCUUUGUUCAGCCGUGGUCACACCAGAACGUCCUCAUCAUUCCAAGAGACUGGCCCCCGCUGCUCCUGGAGAAGAAGCCAAAGAGGAGCAAACUGAGGUGGAUGAGCGCCAGCCUCCAUCAGUGGUCAGACCACCAUAUUCUCAACCUGUCCUUCUAGAGAAAGGGCAGGAGCAGAUUGCUUCAUCAGAGAUGCCAUGGCAGACUCAGGGAGAGCUGUUCCCAGCGCGAGAGCAGGAAGAGCAGCUCAGGCAGCAGGUGGAAGAGCCACAGGAGAAUGGCCAGAACAUCAAAGCAGAGCCACAAGCAGAGCUGCCCGAAGCUCAGAGUGCCAUCAUGGCAGUGAAGAGGAGGAACAAGGAAGACAUGAGUAGAAUUCAAGAGGAUAAUCUCCAUCAGCAGAGGAGCGAUCAACAAAACCAGGUGAGUGAAAGAGUGGCAGGCACUCCACUCAUGAAAUAUCCUCUCCCUUCUCCUUUACAGUCUAUCAAGGGACACAUGCAGGCAGAACUGCAGGACUCUGAGGCUAGCAACAAGGUAAGGGAGAAGAGGCUGGAGGAAGAAAUGAAAAUCAUCAGAGAGAAACUUAAUCGCCUCCCUCAGGCUCUAGAAGUGGCCAUAAAGAAAAUAAAUCUCCAAGGACUGGGGAGGAAGGAACUAACUGUUAAUGAAAUCGUGAUCAUGAAGAGGUAUAGGAGUUCCAGUGUUGUGAAUUAUUUAGACAGCUACCUUCUGGGUGAGGAACUCUGGCUGGUUAUGGAGUACAUGGAUGGAGGCGCCCUCAGUGAUGUCAUCCACAAGACCUGCCUGUCUGAAGACCACAUUGCAGCCAUCAGUCGGGAGUGCCUGCAAGGACUGGAUUUUCUUCAUUCAAACGAUGUGAUCCAUCGAGAUGUGAAGAGCGACAACAUCCUUCUCAGAACUGAUGGUUCUGUCAAGCUGACUGAUUUUGGCCUCUCUACUCAGCUCACCCCUGAGCAGAGCAGACCGUGCUUGGUAGCCGGGACUCCUUGGUGGAUGGCACCUGAAGUGGUGACAGGUCAACCAUAUGGCCCCAAAGUGGACAUAUGGUCUUUUGGAAUUGUGGGGAUUGAAAUGUUAGAAAAAGAACCUCCUUACUGGGACCAAAGUCAUACCUCGGCUCGACGCCUGAUAGCCACAGUAGGGACCCCAAAACUGCGGCAGCCCAAGCUCCUCUCAGCUUUGCUGCGUGACUUCCUGAGCUGCUGCCUGCAGACAGAUGAGGAGCAGCGCUGGUCUGCCAAGGAGCUCCUGAAGCAUCCAUUUGUAAGAUUUGCUGAGCCUGCGUCCAGCCUGGUGCCACUGAUUGUUUCAGUGAAGAAGAGGAAGGAGACAAGAAUGUGA